GAGUGCUGAAGUGCACAACGUUUACCGUCUUGUCGGUCGUCGCGCUCAUGUCCCCGUGCGUGAUACAGUAGUUCGCGCGCGUGAUAAUAGCGUUACACUACACCGUUUUCGCUCCUGUCACUCACUUGAAACUCUCUCUCUCUCUCUCGCUCACAAUACACCAGCAGCCUGCAGCUGCCGUUAAUAUAUUUUCCUUUUUUUUCCACGUCGUUUUCGGCCGGUCCAAGGACUUCCGUGGCCAUCACACCUCUUCGACGUACGUACACAAGCACUACGACUUCUCUGCGCGUAAUUAUUUAUUUUAUUUUAUAUCCGUCACGUUGCCGGUCAGUAACACAGUUCGUGGUAUCGAUACCUAUUGCCUGGCCAUCGCAAUAAUAUAUUCACGACCGUUCACUGCUCAGUAGUCAGUAGUCCACGACACAGCUGUUCGUUCGGUCGUGUACGGUAACCUACGCUCGAGGAAAUUUCAGGCAAUAUCACAGUGUCGCACCUGAACGUCCCGAACCCCAUGUAGCUCGCGCCGAGACACGAUACGCCCGUUAAGAGGUUUUCGAUUUUUUUGUCGUAAUCAAUUCUCUUAAUUUUUUUUUUUCGCGCGCGCGUCAACUGACUGCGACGUCGACGACGACUACACGCUUUCCAACAGUAGACUACAUUAAUUCGUCAUCGAUCCGGCGACACAGUCGUCAGGCACACACGAUAUCAUCCACGGUACCAUCGAUCACGCUGUUCUCGUCGUCCGAACGCAGAAAAAUAAUGCAUCGAGCCCAGUCAGUUGUAAAUCAAUUAGUUCCUUGUGUGCCACAAAUCGUUGGCAGACAAAAAUUUGCAACAUGGUUAAUUGGACCUAAAUCUAGAUCUCUGAUAAGAGCUACUCAAUCAUUACCCGUUACAGAAAAUAAGUAUUCAACUAAUGUUAACCAAGAGCAAUUUCUCAAUGGUACUUCAGCUUCUUAUAUUGAGGAUAUGUACAAUGCAUGGUUAGCAGAUCCUAAAAGUGUCAAUGUUUCUUGGGAUACUUUUUUUAAAAACUGUAAUGCUGGAGCUCAGCCAGGUGCAGCAUAUCAGCCACCACCAUCAUUGUCUCCACCAGGAAGAAAUGAAGUAUUAUUGUCUAGUUUAUUACCUGGAGUACAAAGUACAACAGCUAUUGGCGGAGUAUUUAGUGAAAAAAUGAUUGACGAUCAUUUGGCAGUACAAGCGAUUAUAAGAUCAUAUCAGAUACGAGGACAUCAUAUUGCACGCCUCGAUCCUUUAAAUUUAAGUAAAGUCGACCAAGAUGAUAGACUUCCUCAAGAAAUUUUAUAUGGUUGCUAUCCUCCAUUUGGCAAACCACCCGAUAAUACUACGUAUUCUCAACACCUUCAGAAUAAAGUAGCCGAAUUAAUGGAUGAAGCUGAUAUGGAACGUGUAUUCAAACUACCGUCUACAACAUUUAUUGGUGGCAAAGAGAAUGCAUUACCAUUAAAAGAAAUUUUGAACCGUUUGGAAAACACAUAUUGUCGUUCAAUUGGUGUUGAAUUUAUGUUUAUUAAUUCAUUGGAACAAUGUAAUUGGAUUAGACAACGAAUGGAAACACCUGGUAUAAUGGAAAUGGAGAAAGAUCAAAAAAGGCUUAUAUUAGCCCGACUUACUCGAGCCACUGGAUUUGAAUCUUUUUUGGCUCGUAAAUGGUCAAGCGAAAAACGGUUUGGCUUAGAAGGGUGUGAAAUUUUAAUACCAGCAAUGAAACAAGUUAUUGAUAAGUCUACUGAGUACGGUGUAGAAUCAAUUAUUAUGGGUAUGCCUCAUCGUGGAAGGUUAAAUGUUUUAGCAAAUAUCUGUCGUAAACCUUUAAGUCAAAUAUUUACACAAUUUGCUGCAUUGGAAGCUGAAGAUGAUGGAUCAGGAGAUGUUAAGUAUCAUUUAGGUACAUACAUAGAACGUUUGAAUCGUGCAACAAAUAAGAAUGUGCGUCUAGCUGUUGUGGCUAAUCCAUCACAUUUAGAAGCUGUAGAUCCAGUGGUUCAAGGAAAAACAAGAGCUGAACAGUUCUAUAGAGGAGAUGGCGAAGGAAAAAAAGUUAUGUCUGUUUUACUUCAUGGAGAUGCAGCAUUUUGUGGUCAAGGUGUUGUGUAUGAAACAUUCCAUUUAUCUGAUCUUCCCGAUUAUACUACUCAUGGAACAAUUCACAUUGUUGUCAAUAAUCAAAUUGGUUUUACUACUGAUCCACGACAUUCACGAUCAUCGCCAUACUGCACAGAUGUUGCUAGAGUUGUAAAUGCUCCAAUUUUCCAUGUCAACUCUGAUGACCCUGAAGCAGUUAUGCAUGUCUGCAAUAUUGCUGCUGAAUGGAGAAAUGUUUUCCACAAAGAUGUUGUCAUUGAUCUUGUAAGUUACAGAAGAUAUGGUCAUAAUGAAAUAGAUGAACCGAUGUUCACACAACCUAUCAUGUACAAAGUAAUAAAAGAAACUCCACCAGUUUUAGACAAAUAUGCAGAAAAAUUAAUUGAAGAAAAAGUAGUUACAAAAGAAGAAGUUAAAGAUGUUUGGGAUAAAUAUGAUAACAUUUGUGAAGAAGCUUACGCAGCUUCACGAAAAGAAACUACUAUUAAAUAUAAAGAUUGGUUAGAUUCUCCAUGGUCUGGAUUCUUUGAGGGAAAAGAUCCAUUAAAAGCCUUAAAGUCUGGAGUAAAAGAAGAAACAUWAACUCAUAUUGGUAAACGAUUUUCAUCACCUCCUCCGAAUGCCGCUGAAUUUGUUAUACACAGAGGUAUUGAAAGAAUUUUAAAGGCGCGCAUGCAAAUGGUUGAAAAUCGUACUGUUGACUGGGCAUUGGGAGAGGCAAUGGCUUUUGGAUCUCUAUUAAAAGAUGGAGUUCACGUUCGAUUAAGUGGACAAGAUGUAGAAAGAGGCACAUUUUCUCAUAGACAUCAUGUACUUCAUCACCAACUUGUUGACAAAGCCACAUACAGACCGCUGUGCAAUUUAUAUCCUGAUCAAGCGCCAUAUACCGUAUGCAAUAGCUCUUUGUCUGAAUUCGCUGUGUUAGGUUUUGAAUUGGGAUUUUCGAUGACGAAUCCAAAUGCUUUGGUAUGCUGGGAAGCUCAGUUUGGUGACUUCAACAACACUGCUCAAUGUAUAAUUGAUCAGUUUAUUGGUUCUGGACAAGCUAAAUGGGUUAGACAGUCUGGUCUUGUCAUGUUACUGCCCCACGGUCUUGAAGGAAUGGGACCGGAACAUUCAUCAGCCCGACUUGAAAGAUUCUUGCAAAUGAGUUCUGAUGAUCCCGAUUAUUUCCCUCCAGAAAGCGAUGAAUUUUCUGUACGCCAAUUGCAUGAUAUUAACUGGAUUGUUGCAAAUUGUUCUACACCAGCUAGUUAUUUCCACAUACUUCGUCGUCAAAUAGCCUUACCGUUCCGUAAGCCACUAAUUAUAAUGACCCCUAAAUCUUUGUUACGUCACCCUGAAGCUAAAUCUAGUUUUGAUGAAAUGACUGAAGACACAGAAUUUUCAAGAAUAAUUCCAGAAAAGGGUACUGCUGCUGACAAUGCGAGCAAUGUUAAACGAUUAAUAUUCUGUUCUGGAAGAGUGUACUAUGAUUUAACCAAAGCAAGAGAAGAACAUAAUCUUGUGGAUACUGUAGCUAUUGCACGAGUUGAACAAAUAUCACCAUUCCCAUUUGAUUUAAUCAAAAAAGAAUGCGCUAAGUACCCUAACGCUGAUAUUGUAUGGUCACAGGAAGAACAUAAAAAUCAAGGACCCUGGCCUUAUGUGCAACCAAGAUUUCACACAGUAUUGAACAACACCAAAACUGUUAGGCCAUCUAUUAAACAUUCUGAGGGAUUUUUUUCACAAAUAUUUUCUUCUCGUUCAAAUGAUGAUGUUAUAAAAACAAGUUUAUCCAACCAGAAAAAUUCAACUCAAAGUAUUAGUUAUGCUGGACGACCAACAGCGGCAUCAUCUGCAACUGGUAGUAAAAUGCAACAUUUAAAAGAACUAAAAGCACUUCUUGAUCAGUCAUUCGCAAUUUGAAAUUAGUAAAUAAAACAUAAAUAAUUAAAUGUCAACAUAAUAUCCAAGUAUGUGGUAGAUGUUAAUAUGUUAAAUCAAAUUCUCUGUAUCCUUACAACAUAAUAUGCUAACACUUUGUGUAUGGUUAAAACUUAUACAUACAUUGUAUUAAAAAUUGUUAAUUUAUUAUUAAAUAAAAAU